AUGGGUGAAUCACGACAAGAACUCCUGGCAUGGUUGAACAACCUGCUCCAGUUGAACAUCACCAAGAUCGAGCAGUGCGGAACAGGUGCUGCGCUAUGCCAGAUCUUCGAUUCGAUCUUCAUGGACGUCCCCAUGUCCCGGGUCAAGUUCAACGUCAACAGUGAAUACGCCUACCUGCAAAACUUCAAAGUCCUCCAGAAUGUCUUUACUCGCCACACAGUCCAGAAGCCCAUCCCCGUCGAGUCCCUCACCAAGUGCCGCAUGCAGGAUAACCUGGAAUUCCUCCAGUGGGUGAAGAAGUACUGGGACCAGCACUACCCCGGUGGUGACUACGACGCCGUUGGUCGCCGCAAGGCCUCCGGUGCCCCCGCCGCCGCCGCAGCUGCCGCUCCCCGUGCUGCUUCCUCUGGCUCCCGCCGCGGUGUCACUCCCACCACUGCUGCUUCACGUGGACCCCGCGUGGCCGCCGCUGCCAUCGGCGGUGGUGGUGCCGCAACCGCUGUCCUGCAGCAGGAAAUUGCUACGCAGAAGGAGGCCAUCGCCGGUCUUGAGAAGGAGCGUGACUUUUACUUCGCCAAGCUCCGUGACAUCGAGUUGCUCCUCCAGAAUGCCAUUGAGGAGAACCCGGAGCUGGAGAACGAGGAGGAUACGCUUGUCAAGCACAUCCAAGGCAUCUUGUACUCCACUGAGGACGGUUUCGAGAUCCCCGCUGAGGAUGAGGUGGCAGGUGCGGCUGAUGACCUGGAGACGUUCUGA